UCACGAUGGAUUAUGUAAUUUCAAAGAACAAUAAAAGUUUAACGACAUUCAGCAAGUAAAAAUCUUUAGUGACACAUUUUUGCUAUACAAAAGGAGACACUAUUUACACCGUAGACUAUUUAGAUUAUUAAUAUAUUGAAAGUAGGCCUACUUGAAACGUUGGUGAAUACACUGUAUUUUAACAUAGUUUUUACUUCUGACGUCUUGUCCUUUUUCAUUGUUUUGAUGUAGGCUACCCAUUUCACUAUCUUUCUCAUUUUUUGGUGGACGUUUUCCGACUAUAGCCUAUUUACUGACCUUAUCCAACUAUUGGUACCUUAUCUAACUAUUGAUAAAAAGCGGGGUCAAGAAGCAGAAUUGGUAACAGUAAUCGCAUAUCAGAAUCUCUUUCAAGGGGUCUGCUCCAAACUCAGCCAAACUCCGGAUUUGGGUGUCUGUGUGACACGUUUAACUCCACCCACAGGUUACGUGUGCUGUCGACACAAACGUGAAUAAAAAAUCCAAAUUGUUCAGUAACUGUUACAUAAUUUCAAGAAGAAGUUGUAUAUGUCGCCUAUCAAGGCAUCGGCAAUGUUGCGAACCACAAAGUUGAUGUGUCUACUGGCUGUGUUGCUGGGUUGCCAGGUGUCUUCCUCCACCCACACAGUUGGAGCUGAAUCAGAGGCCAUAGCACCGCCAGAGGUCACGGAGUUCAAUGGGACCCUAUACGCUGUCUGCAAAAUGAGACCCAGCACCAAGCUGGCUGAGGGUCUUCCUAAGGUGUAUGGUCAUGUGCUUUUCAAACAGGAGUACCCAGCAGGGGCUUUAAGUGUCCAGUUCCAUCUUAAUGGCUUCCCUGGUCAAAGCAGCCAGCCCAGAGCCAUCCACAUCCACCAGUACGGCGACUUCAGCGAUGGGUGUGAUUCCACGGGUGGACAUUACAAUCCCUACAGGGUCCCUCACCCCAGCCACCCAGGGGACUUUGGAAACUUUGUAGCAGAUCAGGGGAAGAUCCACCAAAGUGUUGGUUCCGAGGCCACCCUGUUGGGGGGGCGGGCGGUGCUGGGGCGGGCGGUGGUGGUCCACGAGGGGGUGGAUGACCUUGGGCAAGGCGGAGAUGCAGGGAGCUUGCUCCAUGGAAACGCUGGAAGGAGACUAGCCUGUUGUUCCAUUGGGAUUUCUACACCAAAACUGUGGAAGAAGUACCAACAACGACAGCAGAGAAGCCGGGCCUAAGGGAGUAGAGUAGAAAGUAAUUUUGGCACAUGGUAAAACAGAUAUUGUAUAACACAUGCUUUUUGUUGAAAUCGUGCACAGAGGGCAGUGAGGGAUGCAUCUGGUGCGGAUCUAAAGUCAAUAUAACAAUGCAACUUAUUGUCACUGCAGUUAUUCACAUAAAAACAAACUAAAAGUUUGCUCUGAAUGUAGUGAUCUUGUGACCAAGUGUAUUCAACGUGUCUCUUGACAAGGUCUGGUCUGACCAGGUAUCCUCUCUAUACCUAAACAUUUCAUUAGGCUUGUCUUAGUGUCUCAUUAUGUUUAUUUAGUCAUUUCACUUUUGUAGGUGAUUUCAGUUCAUUGAAAUAAAAUUUACUAAAAGUCA